UCGGUUGUCGUUUGACGAUUUGAUUGACGUUGUUAAUGUUUGAUUCUUCUCAAUUUUGAGUGCUUUUCUAUUUUAUUAUUAGAAUAUGAUGAUUAAUUUACUAUUUCAUACUGGAAGAUUUUGAGAUUUUCCCGUGAAUUAAUAAAUCCACAAUGGAGGCGCCUUCAAUGGACACUAUUUACCAGGCCAUUAAUGCCUUGUAUGAUAACCCCAACCCAAAUGAAAAGGAAAAGGCCUCGCGAUGGUUAGGAGAAGUACAAAAAUCUAUUCAUUCAUGGAAAGUAGCCGAUCAGCUUUUACAACAAAAGAAAGAUGUCCAUUCGUGUUAUUUCGCAGCUCAAACGAUGAGAUCUAAAGUGCAGCAUAACCUUUCGGAAUUGCCUCAGGAAGCCGUGGUCUCACUCAGAGAUUCUCUCGUAGCUCACUUAGAAGGAAUCUCUCCCGAAACAAGUUCAGCAAUAGUCACUCAACUUUCAUUGGCCUUAGCUGAUUUAGCGUUGCAGAUGACAUCGUGGUCCAACUGUGUCGGUGAUCUCAUCAAAUUAUUUUCUAACAAAAAUGACUUUGUCCUCUUAGAAGUAUUAACGGUAUUACCUCAAGAAAUCGAUUCAUCAAGUUUAAAACUCGGUGAGAACCGCCGGGAAGAAAUCAAAUCAGAACUACGAGCAAAUUCUCAAUUAGUGACAUUUUUCCUUAAAGAGUGUUUAAAUAGUUCCCAAAGUACUAAUAUAGCAUUGAAAAUUGUUAAAUGUAUGACAUCAUGGAUCCAGGUUAGGGCAAUGAGUAUACAGGAAGUGCCUCAGAAUGCAGUUAUUGGUUUCAGUUUGCAGGUUCUAAGAGAUCACAAUUCUAUUAACUUGCUGCACUCUGCUGCGUCUGACUGUAUCUGUGCAAUACUUCACUGUUUAGAGGAUAAUAACAAUAAUACAGAGGUAGAAAAGUUACUGUUUGAUAGUGUUUCCUCACUAGAAGAGAGCUAUCACAUGGCAGUGGCUCACGAGGAAGAGGAGAAAGCUGCAAACUAUGCUGGAGUGUUUACAGAACUAGCAGAAACAUUUUUAGAGAAGAUAAUCUUGUGUGCUGCAAAUGGUAAUGCACAUUUUGCGAUGAGAUCUUUGGAGCUCUCACUUGUGUGUGUUGGACAUCAUGACUAUGAUGUUGCAGAAAUCACAUUUAAUUUAUGGUAUCGUCUAUCAGAAGAAGUUUAUGAGAGAGAUUAUCAACCACUAACAGACGUAUUCAAACCACAUAUAGAGAGGUUAAUCGAAGCAUUGGCCAGACACUGUCAGUGUGAACCUGACCACACACAGUUACCUGACGAAGGAGAUGAAUUCUAUGAAUUCCGCAUGAAAGUAAUGGAAUUAAUAAAGGAUGUUGUGUUCAUUGUUGGGUCAAGUUCAGUGUUCCGACAGAUGUUUGCAGUUCUACAGGCUGACUUGCCUUGGGAGCAAACGGAAGCAGCUCUUUUUAUCAUGCAAUCUGUAGCUAAAAAUAUAUUGCCUGAAGAAUAUGAAUAUGUGCCAAAAGUGGUAGAAGCCAUCCUAUCGAUGCCCGAGGGCACGCACCCGGCGGUGCGGAAGACCUGCAUCCUCCUGCUGGGCGAGCUCUGCGAGUGGAUAGAGAGGCACCCCGAGUGCCUCGAGCCGUGCCUCCAGAGCCUCAUCGGAGCACUGCAGGACCAGACACUGGCGAACGCGGCGGCGACGGCUCUGCAGAACAUCUGCGCCGCGUGCCGCAGCCACGCCGCGCCGCACGCCGCCACGCUGCUGCGCGCCGCGCGCCGCGCCGACGAGCUCAGCCUGGCGCCGCGCGCCGCCGCCGCGCUGCUGCGCGCGCUGGCCGCCGCCGUGGGCCGCCUGCCGCCCGAGCAGCUGGCGCUGGCCAUGCGCGAGGCGGCCGCCGUGCAGCUGGAGGGGCUGCGCGAGCUGCUGGCGCGCGAGGCCGAGCCGCGGCGCGGCACGCGCAGCGACCCCGUGCUGUGGCUGGACCGGCUGGCGGCGCUGUUCCGCGACGUGGACGCGCCGGCCGGGCCCGCCGCGCACCCCUGCCUGCCCGCCUUCCGCGACGCCUGGCCCGUCGUGCACGAGGUCAUGAACAAAUACUCGCGCGAGGGCCGCAUAAUGGAGCGCGCGUGCCGCAGCGUGCGCUUCAUGGUGCGCAGCACGGGCCGCCACGCCGCGCCGCUGCUGCCCGCGCUGGCGCAGGCGCUGCCCGUGCUGUACGCCGUACGCGCGCACUCCUGCCUGCUGUACCUGGCCGCCGUGCUGGCCGACGCGCUGGCCGACCCCACCGACGCCGCCGCCCAGCGCGCGCUGGCCCGCCUGCUGCACGCGCUGCUGCCGCCCGCGCUCACACUGCUGGCCGCGCCCGAGGCGCUGCGUGACAACCCCGACACUGUCGACGACCUCUACCGCCUCUGCGUGCGGUACCUGCAGCGCAGCCCGGGGGCGCUGCUGGCCGCGGAGGGCGUGCUGCCGCAGCUGCUGUCGCUGGGCGCGCGCGCGUGUGCUCUCGACCAUCGCGACGCUAACUGCUCGCUCAUGAAGUUCCUGCACGAUCUCGCCAGGAUAGCUAACUCUACGCGCGAGGACGACCGCCAGGUCAAGGGUGAGACGCUCGCCCUGCCCUUUUGCAUUUCUAUAAAAGGUCAAGCUACUAAUUUUAUUAUUUUUUCAGAGGCCAUAAGCGCAACUCUGACGCAGUACGGUGAGACUCUCACGUUCGCUCUCCUCGAGGCCUCCGUUCUCCAUCUGCACUCCUACAUGCUCUCCGAGGUGGCCGAGGUGAUGCUGGAGCUGGUGUGGUGGCAGAAGCGCGCAGGCGCGGACUGGCUGGCGAGCGCGCUGCGGCGCCUGUCGCGCGCGCCGCCCGCCGCCACCGACCACCAGUGCUGGCAGUUCCACCAGUACGCGAUCAGGGCUGAGAAAUGCAAGGAAAUGACCCGAUUACUUCGAGACUUCGCCCGCCUCUACCGAUAGACACAGACAUUACAAAUUUGUUAAUUGAGAGACGCACCACGCCAAGACUGAAUCUUCCAGACGAAGCUUUUAAGUGUCCUGUUUCUUAAGUGAUGAAUUUAUCAGUCGUUGUCGACAUUCGUGGCUCCGUUAACCGGGAUAACCUAACCUACACAGGAAAAUGACACACAUUGUCAUCCAUUAUGUACAAUACAGUUUUCCAAACGAUGUUUCACAGAAUACUAAUAAUUCUAACAUCUUUAUCUCACAUGGUUUGCCUCGAACCUUUAACCUGUUUCAAGUGUUCUAUACAUUGAGGCCUUGAACCAACUUUAGACAAUUAUCAAUUUUAAAAUAUAUGAAUUUUUAGUUAUUUUGUUUACCAAUAGGUAGUGUUAAUAUUGGUUCGACGUUGGUUAAAUAUAACUUUACAUUCAUUCAAUAGAAAUAUGGUUACAAUCUAAGUAUUUGUUGGUGCCAGAUUAAUACAUAAAUAUAGUAUGUGAACAAAUUAUGUGAUGCUUACUAAAUAAUAUACUAAUAAUAAAGUCGCUCGUAAGAAACAGGAUUCAAGUGUAAAAAUUGUUAACGAUUACAACAUUUAUAGCAAAAUACAGAUGUAGAUAAGAAAAAAUUAUGAAUAUCGAAUAUAUUGUGGUAUGUUACUGAAAUUAAUAAAAUAUAUUGAAUUGAAUAAAAUAAAAACUUCGUAAUUUCGUUAACAAGGUGCCUCUCGACCAGAUUAUAUAAAUCUCAUAUCAAAGCAAUAAUUACUAAUAUAGUAUUAUAGAAUUGUUUCAACAUGAUUUAUUUGGACGAUUUUGAUGUGACUUAAUACGGUACCUUCGCUUCAGUUUCGCUAAAGGUUAAUGAAUUGCCUUGCGAUAGGUAAGUACAGACACUAGAAUAUAUUUUGUUAUAUUCUCUUUAUUUGAAUGUGAUAAAACAUGCAGUGAAUUGUAAAUAUUUAUUAAAAUGUUUACCUUUUA